UUGGCCUCUCCCUCCUCAGUAUGCUGUCGCUGACCUCUGCGACCUAAGUCAUGAUGGCAGACUCAUGGACGUUCACUGUUAACCUGAGGAGGACCCCAUAGUGCGGACAAGGUGAGUGAUCACAUACUGUAUCAUUUCACCUAUCUACUAUGUUACAAAGUAAUGGAUUAUACAUAUAUUGAUUUGCAAAUAUGGAAAAAAGAGAAAAGUUGUUGCUUAUAUGAUUUUACAUUCAAAUCGUGAUAAUCAUUGAUACUUUGCAGCAUCUCAGAAUUAAUGAAUUUCACAAAUCCUUUACCCAUUGUUUUAAAUCAUUCAUUUUAAAUUUGUUUGACCAAAGCAGAAUAUCUUGAGUGAUAUGAGAGGUAUUAUUGUUGUUUGCUAAAGGUACUUUGUUAGGACGCCUUUAAUGCAGACUGUCUAAUUCCACACUUGGGUUUUCUUGCCAAAAUGGCUGAUUAUGGAGUGUUUUACCUAUUUAGCUCAUUCUCUGAUCCUUUAAACAGAAAUCACAUUCACUUGCUUUUAAAAACAUGAAUAAAAAAUAUGUUUUCUGUUCUGUCUCUUUAGGGACAUUGUUUAGCAGCAUUGUGGUCUGAUAUUUUAGACUGAUAUUUGUGGUACAGAGUGGACACAAGUGUUGUACUACAAUCUAUGAUGCGCGACUGUAAUACAAAUCGUGCUCUAUAGCGCUUUAUCAUUGCACCCAAAGCCCUUUAAUAGCGAAGGAGGAACCUCACUAACCAUUACCAAUGUGUAGCACCCGCCUGGGUGAUGCACAGCAGCCAUUAUGUGCCAGAACAUGUGCUCACCAAAGUGAUAAGAGAUAACAGCUCUUGUUGUCUUUCAUUUCAACAUUCAUAAUUUAAUUUCCAGUGCUGAUCUCUCUCUCUCUCUCCCUCCUCCAUCCCUUCCUAGGAUGCCGCGGUGGACUUUGGUGUGUCUCAGUUUCCUGUCCAUGCACCGCAGACGGCUAAGUGGCUUCUCCCCGCCUCCCCAGGCCACUGUGCUGGCCAAAGAUGUGCCCGUCCUGUUCCGUGAGCCGUACAUCCACGGUGGCUACCGGCCCGUGGGCCAGCGCUGGUCCUGCUACCUGCUCAGCCUCUUCCAGGUGCACAACGAGUCCGUCAAUGUGUGGAGCCACAUGCUGACCGGUGUGAUCGUCCUCCUCCGCUUCCUGCUCCUGCUGCACACCUGGCCUGCCCCGCUGGACCUGACCGCGCUGCCCCUGUGCCUGUACGUGACCUCUGCCCUCACCUACCUGACCUGCAGUGCGGCCGCCCACCUGCUGCAGUCGCACUCGGAGCUCGCCCACUACUGCCUCUUCUUCCUGGACUACGUGGGCGUGUGCGUCUACCAGUACGGCUGCGCGCUGGCACACUACUUCUACAGCUCAGAGCCGGCGUGGCGCAACACCGCUGUGGCCGACGCCUUUCUGCCCGGCGCCGUGCUCCUCGGCUGGCUGACCUGCGCCAGCUGCUGCUUCGCCAAGCUGCGCUACCAGCGGCCAUACCCGCUCCGCCGCAAGGUCUUCCAGCUGGUGCCCACCAGCCUGGCGUACCUUCUGGACAUCAGCCCCGUGGCCCACCGGCUGGCCAGCGCCGGCUCGUCGGACGCCAGCGACGCCGACGACGCUCUCGCGCUCCACGCGCUGCAGAUCUUCUUCUUCCUGCUGGCGGCGCUCUUCUUCUCGUGCCCCGUGCCCGAGUGCUUCUUCCCGGGCCGCUGCGACGUCCUGGGCCACGGCCAUCAGAUUUUCCACCUCUUCCUGGCACUGUGCACGCUGGUCCAGCAGGAGGCGCUGUUCCGGGACUUCCGGGCACGCUGGCGCACUCUGGAGCGGGUCCACGGGCGAGACAGGCUGAUCGGGGCUUGUGCCUCCUUCCCCACCCUGGUGCUCUGCAGCCUGCUCACCGCUGGCGUCAUGUGCUGCUACGCCAAGAGGAAGCUCAAAGCCAGGCCCAAAGAACGAAGCUCAAGGAUACAAAACUGA